AUGAUACAAAGCUUCACGUCGGAGCAGGAGGCGAGCUGGCUCCCUCUCGCCCUCGCCUGCGCCUCUCCGAUGGAUUGCGCUGCGGUCUCUACUGGCCAGCUCGAAGCGACUCUCAAGCGCGUAUCCAAACAAGCCGUGCAGUAUGAGCUCCAGAUGCGUGAGCUGGAGGAGAAGCUCGCCCUCAGUCUUUCCAAUUUUCGUGCGAUCGACGGCACGCUGCAAGAUGCAUUCUCCAGAUUACGGCGCGCCUCCCGCCAAGCCGACCGCGCACUCGUCCAACAAACACCCCAGAUCAAGGAAUCCCUCCAGACCUCCAUCGAAGAGCUCGAGCAGCUCGAGGAGACGCUCCCCACCGUCCGCACGCAGGUCGCCGACAUCCAGAGCGCCUAUGACUCCGGGCGGAAGAAGGCACAGGCCUUGGUCGCCGACCUCACCUGGCUGAACACCGGCUUCUUCCAGCGGUGGCGCGCGACGAUCUUCUCGUCCGCGAGCCCGGUGUCGUGGCGGUGGAAGGCCGCGCUGCGCCUCUCGCUCUUCGUCUCACUGCUCUUCUGGGGAUGGCUCUUCUGGUACUUGCUCAAGGGCACGUAUCGGACGUAUCUGCAUCGGCUGCCUUGGGGCGAGUUGCUUCGGGCUCCCUGA